AUGUCGUCUUGCCCCGCGGGCGUGGUGUGUCCGGCGGGCGCGACGUGCGUGGUGGACGGUAGCGGCUACCCUUUCUGCAAGUGCGCGGCGGGGCAGGCCAUCAUCAACGGCGUGUGCGCGCCGACCGCCAGCUGGGCGGAGGUCGGCACCAACGUCGUGCUCUACAAUGCGGCCAAUUACGCCAAUACGCCCACCACGCUCGCGCCCGCCGUGCUGCGCGGCGCGGCGCCGAACUCAAGCGCGGCGUGCGUGAACCUGCCGGCGGCGUUCAACGGCACAAUAGGAUCGCUGCGCAUCAUGUGGAACGUGAACGACGGCGUGGCGGACCAUCUGGUGUGCGGCAAGCUGUUCUUCUGGGACAAACCCAACUGCUGCUGCUCCGGCUCGGGUUACCAGAUCCCCGGCGGGAAUGCGAGCGGCAUCAUCGCGGUGGGCAGGUCCAUCUCGUGCCAGGCCGCCAUCGCCACUAACACGUACCCCUGCGCCACCAAGACCUGCCCCGUCAACGCCGCGUGCUCCGUGGUCAACAGUGCCGCCGUGUGCACGUGCAACGCUGGAUACAGCAUGGUCGGCGGGCUAUGCGUUGGUGAGUCAGCUUUUCUGCCCCUCACCAGCGUUGUGCCCAACCCGUGCACGGGGUACACCUGUCCCGCCAACUCAGCAUGCUCCAACGUGAAUGGCGUCGCCACGUGCACGUGCAGUGCUGGUUACCAGAUGGUCAACGGCCAGUGCGUUGUGCCCAACCCGUGCACGGGCUACACCUGUCCCGCCAACUCAGCAUGCUCCAACGUCAAUGGCGUCGCCACGUGCACGUGCAGUGCUGGUUACCAGAUGGUCAACGGCCAGUGCGUCGUGCCCGACCCAUGUGCGACGGCCAACUGUCCUCUCAACUCGGUGUGCUCCAAUGUCAACGGUGUUGCCUCGUGCACGUGCAGUGCGGGAUUCCAAAUGGUCAACGGCCAGUGCGCCGCGCUGCCCCCAUCGGAUCCAUGUGCGAGCACCACGUGUCAGGCCAACGCCGCCUGCUCCGUGGUCAACGGCGCCGCCACGUGCACGUGCCUGCCCGGCUUUGACCCAGUCAACGGCGCCUGCAUAGCGCCCGACCCAUGUGCGGGAUUCUCAUGCCCCGCCAACUCAGCAUGCUCCAACGUCAAUGGCGUCGCCACGUGCACGUGCUCUGCUGGUUACCAGAUGACCGCCGGCCAGUGCGUUGCAAUCACGGACCCCUGUGCGUCAACCACGUGUCCCGCCAAGGCCACGUGCAGCAGCGUGAAUGGCGUGGCCACAUGUGUGUGCGCCGUGGGCUACACCCUCGUCUCCGCCGCCUGCCAGCGUACGCUGCAGUGCUCCCCUGUCUCACACCUUUUUUUGCCCUCUCCCUCUACCUUCGUUGCCCUCUCGCCCCUCUCUCCCUCUCCCACACGCCGCUUCAACACACCCUUUUUUUUGCCAUGUGCACCGCUCUGCACCCCUCCCCUCCUCACCUCCCUGGCCCCUCCUCACCCCAUCUCCCCUGGCACUUCUCUUCCCCCUAAUCCACCCCCCUCCCUCCCACCCGUCCCUCUUCACUCUCCACCAGCGGCCGACCCCUGCUCGUUGGUGACAUGCCCGGCCAACUGCACCUGCUCCUCCGCCAAUGGCGUCGCCAAGUGUGACUGCCCCGACCUGUGCUACGGGGUGAAGUGUCCCGACGUGUCUACGUGCACUUUCAUGCUCGGCGCGCCCGUCUGCACGUGCCCCGCGCCCUACACGCGCCUCAUUGACAACAAGUGCACCAGCGCAACGUUGGCGAAUUCGGACUAUCUGGACAAUCAAAACGCGGCCAGGGCAGCAGUGGGCGCCAUCCCCCUCGUCUGGAAUGCCACCCUGGAGGCCGACGCGCUGGCAUGGGCAACAGUGCUGACCAACAGCACGUACAACUGCGGGCUGUCGCACGGCGGCAACCCCGGCGAGGGGCAGAACCUGGCGGCGGGGAAACCGGGGGGGCAUUUCUCGAGCGCGGAGGCGGUGAGCUGGUGGGUGGGCGAGGGCAAGCUCUACAGCCUCGCCGCCGUGACGAACGGCUGCAGCACCGGCAACUUCUCUGACUGCGGGCACUACACGCAGGUCAUUUGGAACAACACGCGCACCGUGGGCUGUGCCAAGGCAUCAUGCGGCGCGACUGCUGACGUGUGGGCGUGCAAUUACUACCCGGCAGGCAACGUUAUCGGCCAGCCGCCCUAUGUGCAAGACCCGUGCUACCGGGUGGCAUGCCCGUCCACAGCAGCGUGCACGGUGCGGUACGGGCAGCCCAUGUGUGUGUGUGGGGCGGGGCAGGUGCUCGUGAACAACGCCACGUGCCAGCCCGACUCCUGCACCACCGCCACCAUCACGUGCCCGGGCAACCUCGUGUGUGACGGCUCCUCCGGUACCGCCCAGUGCGCCUGCCCCACCCGCCUCGUGCCUGUCACCAACGACUCUUGCAUCCCGCCGGCGUGUGUGGGGGCUGUGUGCCCGGCGCAGGCGACAUGUGCGGUGGACGGCAGCAGGUACCCGUUCUGCCAGUGCCCCACGGGUUGGUACCUGGGCAGCAACGUGUGUGUGCAGGGCACGCCCGCUGCCGUGUCUGCCACCAGCCUGGCGAUCUACAACACCGCCUCCUACACCUCCACUGCCCCCGCGCUGGGUCCCACGCUCGUGCGCACGGGCCUGCCCGUCAACUCGACGCGCGGCAGCUGUGUCGACAUCCCCGGCGGCAUUGCAGCGGCAUCACUGCGCGUGCUCUGGAAUGUGCCGGACAGCACGGGGGCGGCCAAGCAGUCGUGCAGGCUAGUGUACUUCUGGACCAGCACUUCUUGCUACGGCUCCGCCACCGGCUACUAUCGCCCCGCCGGCGAUGUCACCAACUUCGACACCACAUCGGGCAACGUGGCCCUCGUCAAGGCCGUUGCCUGCGCCAGCUGA